CUGAUUGGAUAAGGCGGUGAUCCCGGCUUCUGUGAGGCCUGGAACACCGGGUGGCUGUUAUCUGUGUGCCCCGUGUCAACUCUGCGACAUGCCCGCAAGAAACCCCCACAAAGCCGUUAGCCCCUGCCAGGCUACCCACGGCAAUAACACCGCGAGCAGGGAGGAGCCAGAAGAUGGGGGCAACGCCGAGGAUUUAGAGAUCAUUAAGUCUCCCAGUGACCCCAAGAAAUACCGAUUUAUUCAGCUGGACAAUGGUCUCAGAGCGCUGCUUAUCUCCGAUAUGUCUUCCAUGGGUCACACUGGCGCUGAAUCCUCUGAUGAUGAAGAUGAAGGAGAUGAUGACGAGGAGGGGGAUGAAGAAGAAUGGGACUCUGAAAAUGAGAGUGAGGAGGAAUCUGGAGAUGAUGAGGAGGAGGAUGAAGACAGCCCGUGUGCCAAGGAGAAGACGGGGUGCACUGAAAAGCUGUCUGCAGCCGCCCUCUGCGUUGGAGUGGGAAGUUUUAGCGAUCCCGAAGAUCUACCUGGAUUAGCGCACUUCUUGGAGCACAUGGUGUUCAUGGGCAGUGAAAAGUACCCAGAUGAGAAUGGCUUUGAUGCUUUUCUUAAGAAACACGGGGGCAGCGAUAACGCCUCCACAGACUGCGAGCGCACUAUUUUCCAGUUUGAUGUGCAGAGAAAGCAUUUCAAGGAGGCCCUGGACCGGUGGGCUCAGUUCUUUGUCUCCCCGCUGAUGGUCAGUGAUGCCAUAGACCGGGAAGUGCAAGCUGUGGAUAGUGAAUAUGAGCUCGCCCGACCCUCUGAUUCCAACCGCAAGGAGAUGCUUUUUGGAAGUCUGGCAAAACCCGGUCAUCCAAUGAGAAAGUUUUUCUGGGGAAAUGCUCAGACAUUGAAAUAUGAACCUAAAGAGAAGAACAUUGACACCCACGUCCGGCUGAGGGAGUUUUACCAGACGUACUACUCUGCCCACUACAUGACCCUGGCAGUACAGUCUAAUGAAACGCUCGAUACACUGGAAGAAUGGGUAAAGGAGAUUUUUAGCGAGAUUCCAAAUAAUGGUUUGCAAAAACCUGAAUUUAGCCACCUAAGUGACCCCUUUGACACCCCAGGGUUUAACUCGCUUCACAGAGUUGUCCCCAUUAAGAAGGUUCAUGCUCUCACUAUAACUUGGGCUCUUCCACCCCAGGAAAAGUUUUACAAGGUGAAGCCUCUUCACUAUAUAUCGUGGCUCAUAGGACAUGAGGGUAAAGGCAGUAUCCUGUCCCUGCUGCGCAAGAAGUGCUGGGCGCUCGCACUGUUUGGAGGGAACAGUGAGACUGGCUUUGAGCAGAACACCACAUACUCUGUCUUCAGUAUUUCCAUCACUCUGACAGAUACAGGAUACGAACACUUUUAUGAGGUUACUCAUUUCGUAUUCCAGUAUCUCAAAAUGUUGCAGCAGCUGGGCCCACAAGAGAGAAUCUUCCGGGAAAUUCAGAAAAUUGAGGCCAAUGAAUUUCACUAUCAGGAGCAGACUGAUCCUAUAGAGUAUGCUGAGAAUAUCUGUGAGAACAUGCAGCUAUUCCCAAAAGAAGAUUUCCUGACUGGAGACCAGCUCCUCUUCGAGUACAACCCUGAGGUCAUUGCUGAUGCUCUUCGAGAACUAACCCCUGAAAAAGCGAACUUGCUGCUCCUAUCCCCAGACAACGAAGGCAAAUGUACCCUGAGGGAGAAGUGGUUUGGCACUCAGUACGGCAUUGAAGAGAUUGAUGCGAAAUGGAAAGAGCUAUGGGCCACUGAUGUUCCUGUAAACCCAGAUCUUCAUCUUCCGGCUGAGAACAGGUUCAUUGCCACUGACUUCACCCUGAAGACCUCAGACUGUCCAGACACAGACUAUCCAGUGAAGAUACUGGACAUAGAGCAGGGCUCUCUGUGGUACAAGAAAGACAACAAGUUUAAGAUCCCAAAAGCUUACAUCCGCUUUCAUCUGAUCUCUCCAUUGAUACAACAGUCACCUGAAACCUUGGUUCUCUUUGACAUCUUUGUUAAUAUUCUGGCACACACACUGGCAGAGCCGGCCUAUGAAGCGGAUGUGGCUCAGCUAGAAUAUAAACUGGUGGCCGGGGAACAUGGACUCGUUAUUAAAGUGAAGGGAUUCAAUCACAAGCUGCCACUCCUUUUCGAGUUGAUCAUUGAUCACCUGGCUGACUUCACAACUUCUGCCGAUGUCUACGAAAUGAUCACAGAACAGCUUAAAAAGACUUACUUCAACCUGCUGAUAAAACCUGAGAAACUGGGAAAGGAUGUGCGGCUCCUGAUUUUGGAAUGUAAACGCUGGUCCAUGAUGGAAAAAUACCACACUAUUCUUAAGGGAUUGACUUUGGAACAACUACUCUCAUUUGUUGAGCAGUUCAAGUCUCGGCUAUAUGUAGAGGGAUUGGUCCAAGGCAACUUCACCAGUAAGGAGUCGGCAGAGUUCCUGAAUUACGUUAUAAGUAAGCUGAAGUUUCUGCCUCUGGAGAACAAGUUCCCGGUGCAGUUCCAGGUGGUCGAGUUGCCGACCUCUCACCAUCUGUGUAAAGUGAAGUCUCUGAAUAAAGGCGACUCCAACUCUGAGGUCACCGUGUAUUACCAGUCGGGUGCUAGAAAUUUACGUGAUCACACACUGAUGGAGCUGCUGGUGAUGCACAUGGAGGAACCUUGCUUUGACUUCCUCAGGACCAAGCAGACGCUCGGGUACCAUGUAUAUCCAACCUGCAGAAACACCUCUGGAAUUCUGGGGUUCUCCGUCACCGUGGAGACGCAAGCAAAUAAAUUCAACUCUGAAGUGGUGGACAAGAAAAUAGAAGAAUUUCUGAUUUGCUUUGGGGAAAAAAUUGAGAACUUAACAGAUGAAGCCUUUAAAACACAGGUUAAGGCUUUAAUAAAGCUGAAGGAAUGUGAGGACACUCACCUUGGAGAAGAAGUGGACAGGAACUGGGCAGAAGUCCUCACUCAGCAGUAUCUCUUCGACCGCUUGGAGCAUGAGAUCGAUGUCCUGAGAACAUUUAAUAAGGAGGACAUGAACAGAUGGCUGAAGGCUCACAGAGGCUGCGACAGCAAGGUUCUGAGUGUACACGUGGUUGGAUUUGGGGAGAAGGAACCAGAUGUUGUUGCGUCUCAGACUCCAUCAGGGGAACCCGAAUCCUCCUACGGAAACAUCACAAACCUGAUUUUCCUCCCUGCAUCUCCUCUAAUGGCCGACACUGUGCAGAUCAAUGACCUUCGCAGCUUUACCAGCACCUUGAAACUGCUGCCCUAUCACAAAAUAAUCAAAUGAGAGCUCAUGGGACUCUCCCCUUUAGGCGAUGGAAAGUGCAGUGGACUCAUCAAACACUCGUAUUUUUCAAGGCUUAUAGUUUUAUUUUUUCUUGGAUGCUUUUAAAGAGACAGUUAAUUAACAGUAUAACAUAAAGCUCUCAUACGAGCACCGGCGGACACCGAGGUCUGGAGCACAACUGCAACCGUGUGAUCCCGGACUGUUUUAAUCUUAAAAAAAAUAAUACAAGAAAACAGUUGAAUGACAUUUUCUGAACGUGAUACUGAUGCCAUUGGUCACACAAGUUAUUUUAUGCAUUGCUGCUCUAAAACAAGUGGUCACUUUAGAUACUUAAAGUGGUUUUCCGGGUUCAGAGCUGAACCCGAACAUACCCAUAUUUUCACCCAGGCAGCCCCCCUGAUGUUAGCAUCGGAGCAUCUCA